AUGGAGGACUACGCCGUUUUUGAAGUAGGGCUUCCGCGCGGGUGCAGCAUUCCCGCAGCAAACCCGGUUAUCAAAAACAUAGUCCAAGAAACGACAAUACAUGUGCCCAAAAUAGAGUACAAGGAAAAAAUCGUACACGUGCCCAAAGUAGAAUACAGAACGUACCCCGUCGUCAAAGAUGUGGAAGCACCCAUAUACCGAGAAAGGUACAGGUACAAAAAUGUGCAAGUCCCUCAACAGAAGUUGAGAAUCAAACCAGUGUACAAAGUGGUGGAUGUACCUCAGUACAAAUAUGUUAAUAAAUAUGUGAAAAGAAAGUACAAACGAUUUCAAUAUGUGCCAAAGGAAGUCCCGGUGCCUUUUAGACCGAGGAGAGAAAUUUAUACAGAAAUCCCCAUACGUAGAUAUAUUCCCCAAUAUAUGGAAAAUGGUCCCAUAGAACCAGACAUGAGUAAUACAGCUUAUAACCAUCAGGGAGAAUUACCACUCUUCGAAGGGUAUAAUGACAAUUUUUUAAAUAUGAUGAAUCCGUUUAGUAAGUAUACAAGCAGAAAGAAGGAUAACUGUUUUUUAAGCUGCCUCUGUAAUGGGAAGAAUGAGGAGUCCUUAAUGUACGAAAUGGAUCCUCUGCUCUUUACCGAUGCAGUUUAUACACAGGGUAGGGACAAGCUGUACGACAUGAGGAGUAGCUAUGAAAUUGCCUCCGAGCCGUGCAACACAUUUGCCUAUAAUAGUUACCCAGUUGUUAUACAUAAAGAGGAAAAUAAUUUGUAUAACAGAAUGAUCGAGACGACGUCCAACUUGUUGGCGGCAGCUGGGGUGGCUCUCGUGCUGGCUGGCAAACUGGGUCUGCAGGGGAUAUCUCUCCUCGUGGGGGGUGCUGACAAGGGAAAGGGGACGCACAAGGGGAGCCAUGCUGGUGCGGGCGCCGAUCCGUAUGCGCUUGAUGGGGGUCGACGUGACCCGCUUAAAGACCCUCAGGUUAAGGAAAAGCAAAAUGAGGAUCAAAGAGGGAGAAAUGCCACAAAAAGGGCAACCAAAUAG